UAAUGUUUAAGAUUUUUUAAAAUUCAUCAUUAGCAGUGUUAAUUAUAAUCUCUCCAUCUAAAUGUAAGGCCCUUAACCCGCAUCACCAUUUCCAUCAGAGUCUUGAAGCUAAAACAGAGCUCAUAUCUCAAGACUAUCCAACAAUUUUUGGUGACAUGGCUUCAAGAGCUCUAGCCUCCACUGCCCUUCUCCUCAGCUUCAAUCUCCUCUUCUUCACUUUGGUAAGCUCAACCAAUUGCCCACCACCAAAGCCAAAAGGCCAUGCAACUCAUCCAACCAACCCAUCACCAGUACCAUCAAGUAAGGGUAGUUGCCCAAAGGACACUGCAAAGCUGGGUGUCUGUGUCGAUCUGUUGAAAGAUUUGUUGAGCUUUACAGUUGGAACGCCACCAAAGACUCCUUGCUGCAGCCUUAUUAGCGAUCUUGUUGAUCUGGAAGCCGCUGUUUGCCUUUCCACUACCAUCAAAGCUAGUGUCUUGGGCACUAACUUAAACCUUCCUGUGAACUUGAGCUUGUUGCUCAACUACUGUGGGAAGAAGGUUCCUGAAGGAUUCAAGUGUGCAUAAAUGAUUGUGCAUUCUGUCUCCGCUUAUUUCUAUUAGUUGAAUUUUUAGAAUACAACUAACUAUUGUAUGUAGGACAGACUAGACUAUUAAUUAUGAUGAAUCUCACAUAAAUCCGAUCAUAAUUAAUAAUAAAGAUAUA